CAAAAUUACUCGUGCAGGAGAGAGGGCCACGGAACAGGCAGCGUGGAGGAGAAAUCUAAUCUUUUAAAUUGAAGCAGCCAGGAUGCCAUACAAUAGGAUAACAACAGCUGUUAAAAAACCCCGACGAGAGGCUUCAGCUUGCAGAGGCUCUUUGCUUUGCCAUGCUGAUUGGUUCACGUUGCCCUUUUUACAGUUUUCUUAAAAUAACGCCUUCAGAAAGAGAACUGAGGAAUAAAAACAUUAUUUUGCCUGCAGGUUUCUUGUCGCAAACGGAUAUGGAACACAAAACGCCGCAGACAGCAGAAGAAAUCUGAAGUUUUGUUUUUUUUUCGAGAGUUCCAGGUUGUUGCUGCUGCUGCUGCUGCUCUCUGUGCGAAAGACCACCGCGCGCUUCUGUCCAGGUCUGCGCCGCAGAGGUCAUGGGGAACAGCGUGUCAACAAUUCCAACUUUACAAAGAGGACACCAGAGCAGAUUUCAUCGGCUUUCUAGUCAGCACAAAGAUUCUCUCAGUGGACCUUUUCCUGCCAGUUCACACCGAUGCCACCACAAAUCCAAGAGAUGUUUGCCCAUCCAGCAGUGUGGGGGGCACCCAAUCAGUCCCCUGCUGUUUCACCCAAGUGCCAAGGGUUCACAGAUCAUCAUGGACCUUUCCCAGAAGUCAGUCAAGAGGCAGGCAAGCUUCUGUAAUGCAAUUACUUUCAGCAAUAGACCUGUUGUCCUGUACGAGCAGGUCAGAUUAAAGAUAACAAAGAAGCAAUGCUGCUGGAGUGGAGCAUUACGGUUGGGGUUCACCACUAAAGACCCUUCUCGAAUUAAUCCUGACAGUCUCCCAAAGUAUGCCUGCCCAGACUUAGUUUCCCAGAGUGGGUUCUGGGCUAAGGCUCUUCCUGAAGAGUUUGCUAAUGAGAGUAACAUUAUUGCAUUUUGGGUUGACAAGAAAGGAAGAGUUUUCUACCGAGUUAAUAACUCUAACCCCAUGCUUUUCUUCAGUGGGGUCAGAACAUCAGAACCACUUUGGGCACUUAUAGAUGUGUAUGGAUUAACCCGAGGUGUGCAGCUUCUUGACAGUGAGAUUGUGCCGCCAGACUGCAUACGCCCCCGGUCCUUCACAGCUGUCCGAAGACCAUCACUGAGAAGAGAAACUGAUGAUACUCGCCUCUCAGUCAGCCUCUGUGACCUUAAUCUCCAAGAGGAGAACCUUCAGCUGACCUCUGCAGCCUGCCCCAUCCCUCAGAACUCGCUUAAUGCCCAGCAGUCACACUUGUUACCCUUGCACCUGGACAGCGACCUCCAUUUCCACCAGCUCCGUGGCGCACACAUCAAGACACUGGAUGAGCAGACGGUAGCUCGGUCUGAACAUGCUCGCGAGGAAAGAACUUUGGUGUUCACAAAUAGGCCACUCCGCAUUGGAGAGACAAUUUUUAUCAAGGUCAAUAAGUCUAGUACAGCCCGCUCUGGAUCCCUGUCUUAUGGGGUGACCUCUUGUGAUCCUAGCGUGCUCCGGCCUAGCGACUUGCCGUACAACCCAGAAUCACUUGUGGAUCGCAAGGAAUUUUGGGCAGUGUGUCGUGUGCCCACCCCUCUGCAGAGUGGGGACAUCCUUGGCUUUUUAGUGAACCAAGAAGGGGAGCUACUUUUAAGCCACAAUGGCAUGAAUGCUGGGAUGCAAGUGUGUGUGGAUAAUUCCCGUCCCCUCUGGAUGUUCUUCGGAUUACACGGAGCAGUAGCACAGCUAAGAAUUUUGGGUUCGACUCACUUGUCUGGACCCAGAGGCCCCUCCAUCUCCAGUUCUCCAGUUUCUACCCCCAACACUCCCACAGGACUCUGCAAUGGAAGCUCGGAUCCCUCUCUCAAUGCCAGUGGCUGUGGUGCCCUCUGUAGCUCCACAAGUGGCACGACUCCUAAUUCUCCCAUAAGUCUGCCCGAGUCCCCCCUCUUUCCUUCCAUCUCUGGCACCUGGAGUGAUGAAUGCACCAUCUGCUACGAGAACGUGGUGGACACUGUCAUCUAUGCUUGUGGGCACAUGUGUCUUUGCUACACAUGUGGGCUGAAGCUCAAGAAAAUGGCAAACGCCUGCUGCCCAAUAUGCAGGAGAGCAAUUAAAGACAUUAUCAAAACGUACCGCAGCACAUAAGUGCUAUGAAAUGCAUUCAAAACUAAAAGACGGGAACCUUCAAGCAUCUCUGUAUGAUAGCCCACCUCCAAAGGGGCAGGUAAAAUUAUCCUUACGGUCUGCUGUUUUGACUUAAGAGAUUUAUUCUCUAAAAUCUUAACAGCGAACAUUUCAGGAGGACUCACUAAGUUUUGUUUUUGUUUUUUUUAUGUGUUGAUUUUCUCUUGUGUUUGCUAGAAGUUAUGAAGCAUUUUUGUGUUAUCUUAAUAGCCAUGAAAUGGGGGUUUUACCACAUUUCUGAGUGGACAGCUACAGUAUCGAGUGGGGGCACGGUCUGCGACACAAAUCAGUGACGUGUAACCCAAAAGGUUCAUCGUACACAACUCUGUAGAUAGAACUGGAGUGACCUUAAAGUAGAAGCCAUGAAGUGAAAGCCAGGAGAAUUCUGGGCCGCUGUUUCAGGCACUGGGGGCCGUCGCAGUGGCCCAACAGUAAGAGCUGAGCUACAGUGCAUGUUAAAUAAGGGCAUCUACACGAUGACCACAUUCAGGGAGCUGUCACUAUGGCGGAGAGAUGUCUUCUAAAUCACCACGAGGUUUUAGACGUGUUUUAUGGAGCGACAGAGAGCACAUUUAAAGAGGUCCAUUACAAAUCAAAUCUUGUGCUCACUAAUAUUGCACUGGCCGAGGCAUACAGUACAUUUCCUCUCUUUUUUUUGUUUGUAGAUUGCCCAGAAAUCUAAUCCAGUUGCUCCUUUAUUUGCACUACGUUCAGACGCCACAUUACAGGACCAGAUGUAGACAUGCUGAGGACUUGAGCUGUUAACAGAGAAUACGGAAACAAGUGAACCUGCCAAGAUGGAUGGCAGCCCGUGCA